GGCGUCAAGUAUCAGUAGUCGCGGGGCAGGUACGCGCGCUCGCAUUUAGCUCGCGGAGACCGGCGGCGGCGGGAGCGGGCUCCAGGGCGAGAAAAAGAGAGAGAGAGAGGGAGAGAGAGCGCGCGGCGCGGCGCGGCACGGCACGGCGGGGCGGGGCGGGAGAAAGUGGCCGCCGGGAGGAGGACGUUGGCGUUUACGCGUGGCGGAGCGGAAGAGUUUUGCUUUUCGUGCGCACCUUCGAAACCCGCGCUCGAACUUGGCUGAGGGAUCCGCCUUGAGCCUCCCUUCCUCCGUCCGCGACCCCCGUGCCGAGUUCGCCGGCCCGAGCCAGCGUGGGCGAGGUGGGAAGCGCGCCCCAGCCCGCAGCCGCCCCCCACCCUCCGAGUGCCCAUGGCUACGCGGGUGCUGACCAUGAGUGCCCGCCUGGGCCCGAUGCCCCAGCUGCCGGCCCCGCAGGACGAGCCCGUGUUCGCGCAGCUGAAGCCCGUGCUGGGCGCUGCUGCGAACCCGGCCCGCGACGCGGCGCUCUUCACCGGCGAGGAGCUGAAGCAUCAGCACCACCACCCGCAAGCGCAGCCCGCGGCCCCGCAGCCCGUGCCCUCAGCCGCCGCGGGCCCCCGGCUGCCCGCCGAGGAACUGGUCCAGACAAGAUGUGAAAUGGAGAAGUACCUGACACCCCAGCUUCCUCCAGUUUCUAUAAUUCCAGAGCAUAAAAAGUAUAGACGAGACAGUGCCUCAGUCGUAGACCAGUACUUUACUGAUGGUGAAGGGCUACCUUACAGUAUCAACAUGAAUGUCUUCCUCCCCGACAUCACUCACCUGAGAACCGGCCUCUACAAAUCCCAGAGACCCUGCGUAACACACAUAAAGACAGAACCUGUUACCAUUUUCAGCCACCAGAGUGAAACGACUGCCCCUCCUCCGGCCCCAACCCAGGCCCUCCCUGAAUUCACCAGUAUAUUCAGCUCACACCAGACCGCAGCUCCAGAGGUGAACAAUAUUUUCAUCAAACAAGAACUUCCUACACCAGAUCUUCAUCUUUCUGUCCCUCCCCAGCAGGGCCACCUGUACCAGCUACUCAAUACACCGGAUCUAGAUAUGCCCAGUUCUACAAACCAGACAGCAGUAAUGGACACUCUUAAUGUUUCUAUGUCAGCCGCCAUGGCAGGCCUUAACACACACACCUCUGCUGUUCCGCAGACUGCGAUGAAGCAAUUCCAGAGCAUGCCCCCCUGCACAUACACCAUGCCAGGUCAGUUUCUUCCGCAACAGGCCACCUACUUUCCCCCAUCUCCACCAAGCUCAGAGCCUGGAAGUCCAGAUAGACAAGCAGAGAUGCUCCAGAAUUUAACCCCACCUCCAUCCUAUGCUGCUACUAUUGCUUCUAAACUGGCAAUUCACAAUCCAAAUUUACCUGCCACCCUUCCAGUUAAUUCGCAAAACAUCCAGCCUGUCAGAUACAAUAGAAGAAGUAACCCUGACUUGGAGAAACGGCGCAUCCACUACUGUGAUUAUCCUGGCUGCACAAAAGUCUAUACAAAGUCUUCUCAUUUAAAAGCUCACCUGAGGACUCAUACUGGUGAAAAGCCCUACAAGUGUACCUGGGAAGGCUGCGAUUGGAGGUUUGCACGCUCUGACGAGUUGACUCGCCACUACCGGAAGCACACUGGGGCCAAGCCCUUCCAAUGCGGGGUGUGCAACCGAAGCUUCUCCCGCUCAGACCACUUGGCCCUGCACAUGAAGAGGCACCAGAACUGAGAGCCACCAUGGGCCCACUGUGCCUAUGCAAUUCACGCUGACUUCUGCAGCUCACUUGGCAAAAUUUUAAACUACAAACUUAUCUAUAUAUAUAUAUAUAAAAAGAGAAAAAACAAAACAAAACUGGAGAUGUAUAUUUUGUAUAUUUGAGAAAACAGGGAAUACAUUAUAUUAAUACCAAAGUGUUUUGGUCCUUUUAAGAAUCUGGAAUGCUUGCUGUAAUGUAUAAUGGCUUUACUCAAGCAGACUUCAUCUCAUGACAAGCAGAACAUCUCAGACUGGGUAGGGGGGCAGGGGGCAGGGUGUUUGCAGUGUUUUUACCUAAGCACCAUCAUUUAAUGUGACAGUGUUUAGUAAACAAGUCAGUUGGCAGGCACAGGAAAAAGGCUGGGUUGUAUGUCAAGAUUUUACUUGACAUCAAGUAGGUUUUUUUGUUUUGUAUUUCUUCAGUACUAGGUAAUUCCUUAGGUGCGCAGUGUUCCUGGCAAUUCACAAAUAGCCAUUGAACAAAUGUGUUUUUUUAUAUGAGUUGCCUAUAUUUGCUAUUGAAAAUUUUGUAAAUAUGCAAAUCAGCUUUCUAGGUUUACUAAAAAAGUUUUUAAGAUUCUUUUGGGGGGGCAUUACUAAUUCUUUUGAAAAUAACCACGACUACAUUUACAGUUAGAAUUUGUGGUAAGAUACCUCUUAAAAUGUUACCAAAUUCAUUUCUUUAGGGGGAUCAAAUAAUAAUCAUUCAAGUGAAUUUUUAAAAGAUUUCAUGCACUGAUUGAAAUAGGAGUGUUUAUUUUAAAUAUGACAUUUUAUAUGAAUUGUGAACUCAACAACAUACAAAUAGUUACAGAAAUUAAACCUUACAAUAAGCUAAAUGCAGUAGCAUUUCUAAAGGGAUUUACGUAAUUUCAUAUGACAACAGUUGAAUAUAAUGCAUUUUUCAUGUAUGCAGACUGAAUAUAUUGAUGCAGUUUUCAUAUAUGAAUUUAUGAUGCGGCUUUAUAUCAAGAUGUUUGCUCAUGCAGUACUGUUGGUUAAAUGCCAGUUUGUGUGGAUUUUGCAUGUAAUAUACAGUGAGACACAGUAAUUUUACCUAAAUUACAGUGCAGCUUAGUUAUCUAUUGCUAAUACUGACUCAGUGUCUGUCUUUAAUUACAAAUGACAUGUUGAAACUUAAAGAAGUAAGUACUACAUAUGCAAUAUAAAAUGGUAAUGUGAUGCUUGAUGCUGUUAACCAAAGGGCAGAAUAAAUAAGCAAAUGCCAAAAGGGGUCUUAAUUGAAAUGAAAAUUUAAUUUUGUUUUUAAAAUAUUGUUUAUCUUUAUUUAUUUUGUGGUAAUAUAGUAAGUUUUUUUUUUUUUUAGAAAAUUUUCAUAACUUGAUAAAUUAUAGUUUUGUUUGUUAGAAAAGUUGCUCUUAAAACAUGUAAAUAGAUGACAAACAGGUGUAAAUAUUUUGUAAGAGGCUUCAAAAUGUUUAUACAUGGAAACAAAAACAAAAAGCAUAAAUCAGUUGCUGUUUUGCUUUUCCCCUCUUAUUUUUGUAUUGUGGUCAUUUCCUAUGCAAAUAAUGGAGCAAACAGCUGUAUAGUUGUAGAUUUUUUUUUUUUUUUGAGAGAAUGAGAUGUUUAUAUAUUAACGACAAUUUUUUUUUUGAAAAUAAAAAGUGCCUAAAAGAA